GAAAUUACGAAGUGUAGAAUCCGCUAGACAUAGACACACUAGAACCCCAUUAAGACAGCGUCUUGAGAAGCAGCACGACCAGCUUCCUCGACACAAUGGGACGCCACUUUGGAGAUUUGGCCAGGAUCAGGUACAUAAUUACAUACAGUUUGUCACCCUUUGAGCAGAAAGCCUUCCCCAACUACUUCUCCAAGGGAAUUCCCAAUCUUUGGAGACGGUUCACUGCCUCUUUCUUCAAAGUUGCUCCCCCAAUGGUCCUCAUGUACGCAACAUACACCUGGGGCAACCAUGCGAAUCAGCAAAGCAAGAGGAAGAAUCCUGCUGACUAUGAGAAUGAUGUAUAAAUAUCAACUACCCUUCUGACCCACCCUCUUCUGUUAGUUCAGCUCUGUAUGUUUUACCAAUAAAGACAAAUGCUCAAAGCGAAA